ACGAUUUCUUUCGAAGGAAGGUUCCCACACACACGAGUCGAUCGAAGGCCGAAGAAAGGUCUCCGUUUGUGCUUGCUUGGCCUCGUCGAAACCAGCACGGCUGCCAUAUUAUUCGGUCACAUUUGACUUUUUGCGCAAGAAAUGCAGAAUUCAUUCCAAGUCCAUAUCCCGCAACAACAAGGAAUACAGCAAAACCUGCAAACAUCUAACCUGAAUAGUGGAGGGAACAACCAGACAGGGUCAACUGAUAUAAUCUUUGUGCCAGUUUCCCAACCUGGUCAACCCUCUAGAGAUGCUAUUAAGUCAAACAAUCCUGGUACUAAAUGGUCUGAUGCUGAAAAUAGAUAUCUGAUUGCAAUCUGGAAAACAAGACUGCCAAUUGCCAAGAAGAAAAGCAUCUAUAUAUGGGAAUCCAUAGCAGAAGAAUUGAACCAGAAGAAUUCAGUUGAGGGGAUCAAUGCAUUCCGCACAGCCACACAGUGCAGAAGCAGAAUGCGGCAUCUUGAAGAUGACUACAAGAAAGCCAAAAAUGUCAGCGAUGGAGAAGAAAAAUUCCUCUAUUACAAGGACAUUGAUGAAGGAAUGAAAAAAAAAGACAGGGCAAAAAUGCAGACAUUUUCCAACAGAAAUAAAAUUAUACAGUCAUUCCAACCAUCCUAUCAUGAUGAUGAUGAUGAUGACAAUGAUGAUGAAGAAGAUGAUGAUGAUGACAGUGAUGAUGACGAUGACUCUGAUGAUGAUGAGGGAUACCAUUUAUCACAUGGGAGGAGACUUCCACAUGAUUAUGCACCCCUCACACCUCAGCAGUGCACAGAGAUGAUGUUACGUGUACAGAACCAAGCUGCCUAUGACAUGUCAAUGGCAGCCAAUAGGAGUCCAUACAUUCAUCCUGCAAUGCACGCUGCAAUGGUACAUGACCAAGCCAUGAUGGGGGGAAUGUUACCCCCCAUGAACAGAACAACGGCCCCGCCCAGAACUAGAAGCAGCAAGUGGAGUGAUGCUGAAACCAGAUACCUUCUUUCUAUCUGGAAAAACAAGUACCCAAUUAGUAAAAAACGCAACUACAAAGUUUGGGAAGCCAUUGCAAAGGAGUUCAAUAAACACAUGGCAAAUGAGGGCAUAACUCAGUACAGAACAGGCAUCCAAUGUAGGAAGAGAGUCAAGACUCUAGAAGAUGAAUUUAAGAAGAUCAAGAUCACUGGAAAAGACCCUGAGACUUUUGACUACUAUGAUGACUUGAGAGAGGUGUUUGACCUACAUAAAGCAGUGUCUGGGAUGCGUUACGUGGCCAAGGCUGGGUUUGACGAUGACACAAGUCCUGAUUACCAACCAGCAGGAGGUAGUUCAAGCAAAUCAGAGACCAACCUAGACGGGGCCAGUAGAAGUGCAGCCAAGAAGAGAAAAGCCCCUGAAGGGAAUGACACAGGAAAGGGAAAAGACAGGAAUAAAGUAAAGGCAGAGCAGCGGGGAAUAAGCAAUGAAGUACUUAUUGCAUUCUUGGAGGAAAGUCAAAGGAGGGAUCACGAAUUCUUUAGACAGAUGGCUGACAUGGAGGCCGAGCGUGACAAACAGAACAUUGAUCAGAUUAUGGGGAUGGUCAGGGAUAUAGUAGGGGCAGUAAAAAGGGAUUACUUAUAUGAUGCAUCUGUUGCUAUUAUUGGCUUCACUUGUAAGCCCUCUACAGUUGCAGAUGAAAUGCAGAAUUCAUCCCAAGUCCAUAUCCCGCAACAACAAGGAAUACAGCAAAACCUGCAAACAUCUAACCUGAAUAGUGGGGGAAACAACCAGACAGGGUCAACUGAUAUAAUCUUUGUGCCAGUUUCCCAACCUGGUCAACCCUCUAGAGAUGCUAUUAAGUCAAACAAUCCUGGUACUAAAUGGUCUGAUGCUGAAAAUAGAUAUCUGAUUGCCAUCUGGAAAACAAGACUGCCAAUUGCCAAGAAGAAAAGCAUCUAUAUAUGGGAAUCCAUAGCAGAAGAAUUGAACCAGAAGAAUUCAGUUGAGGGGAUCAAUGCAUUCCGCACAGCCACACAGUGCAGAAGCAGAAUGCGGCAUCUUGAAGAUGACUACAAGAAAGCCAAAAAUGUCAGCGAUGGAGAAGAAAAAUUCCUCUAUUACAAGGACAUUGAUGAAGGAAUGAAAAAAAAGACAGGGGAAAAAUGCAGAUACCCAAUUAGUAAAAAACGCAACUACAAAGUUUGGGAAGCCAUUGCAAAGGAGUUCAAUAAACACAUGGCAAACGAGGGCAUAACUCAGUACAGAACAGGCAUCCAAUGUAGGAAGAGAGUCAAGACUCUAGAAGAUGAAUUUAAGAAGAUCAAGAUCACUGGAAAAGACCCUGAGACUUUUGAGUACUAUGAUGACUUGAGAGAGCCUUUUAUAGGUUACACUGGUAAAACAUUUCCCGAAUGUAAUCCUGAAGCUUUUCCCGAAUGUAACCUCCAGUCAGAUGGUGACUUUGCUUGGGAUAGUUUAAUCAAAUCAGAAAUCAACCCACACGGGGCCAGUAGAAGUGCAGCCAAGAAGAGAAAAGCCCCUGAAGGGAAUGACACAGGGAAGGGAAAAGACAAGAAUAAAGUAAAGGCAGAGCAGCAGAGAAUGAGCAAUGAAGCACUCAUGGCAUUCUUGGAGGAAAGUCAAAGGAGGGAUCAUGAAUUCUUGAGACAUAUUGCUGACAUGGAGGCCGAGUGUGACAAACAGAACAUUGAUCAGAUGAAGGGGAUGGUCAGGGAUAUAGUAGGGGCAGUAAAAGGGGAUUAAAUUGUAGCAGGGGCGGCAGAGGGGGUGCCAGACCCCCACUUUUCUGAGCGGAUGUUUCUUUAUAUAUGAACGUUUUUUAACUCGGGAAUGCGAAGCAUGUACGAGUUAUUGUGGGGACUCCAAUGUCACUCCAUCAUUGGAUCACUAAUCCGUAAACUUUUUAUGGUCUUUUUGUGUUUUUGGAACACAGCAAUCAUUAGGUCAUCCUGUAAACUUUCGGUGUUCAACUUCCAGUUAAAGCUUAGUACUAUGAAAAGGCUUUGGUAUUGACCUGUGACCGCUAGUGUCAUUUUUUGUAUAGCCAUAAAAUAUAUAUAAGCUAGUAUUUUCAGAAACGUCAAACAUGUGGGUUGAGCGUGCACAUGCGCCUUCGUCACCGUCAUCAAUCGAUCUUUUAGGUUCAGUCCAAUUCAAGUUGUUAUUUUGCAAACAAAACAAGUAAAAUGAUAGCAAAGCUUUUAAUUCUCUUUCUUUUAGUACUUGCCAAUUCGUGUCUCUGGGUUUUCACGUUGUUUGUUGUUGAAUUUGUGCUGGAAGAGCGACUAGUAAAACUGUGACUUUUAAGUCCGAGAAACAUAAGGUAAAGGAUCUGUUAGCUGGUAAUAAGAAAAAAGCCCCUGUUCGAAGGACAACAUAGAAGAGGAUAGAUUUCCACAACUUACUUUUUCACAAUUCUUCCCAAUCAAC